UGUGCGUUUUUUACUAAAUCAUGAACUUUUAGGACUAUUGAUCUAGGGAAUUUUCUUGGAUUGAAAUAAUUCCCUAUCUCGUUGUCAGCACUUACUGUAAAAUUCGAAAACCGGCACGGUUGUCAAGUACUUCAUGGUUAUCUUUUGCCUUGGUUUGAAAAUGAAUACCAUGAACAGUACUACCGAGAAUUUAGAGCGAUCUAUACAAAUGUUUAAUCAAGAAAACGCUCAACGAAGAUCAUUUUUGAGGUUAAGUGGGAAAAGCACACCCUCCAAGAGGUUAUCGUUACAAAAUACCAAUUAUUUACGAAAAGACUUUGAUGAUUCUCACCAAUUUAAUGACGUUAAUAGUCCAAGAAUGGACAAGUCAUAUCCUCAUUCAAGAUUGAUUAAGGGCCAUGAUCUUUUGGAUAUUGAUACUUCAUUGACCCUCACUCUUCAUGAAGUACGAGAUAUAAUGGCUGCUUCAGAAAAAAGUGAAUUUACUUUGAGAGAAAUGAUGGAAGACAGUACUGCCACUGGCAUGAUUUUGAAAGCGAAAGAACCUUGGAAAAACAUGUCUAAACUUUUUUAUGAUUUUUUACAUACCAUGCAGGUGAACUACUCGGAGGCACAGGUGUUUGACACUAUUGCAGACUUUAUACAAAACUGUACAGACACAUUAGAUAUAAUGAGAGGUAUGCAGUCAAAGGUAGAAACCACCGAAAUAUCAGAAGAAGAAAUUUCUUUAGAGAAUGAAAGGAACACAUGGAGGCUUGUUUAUUGUUUGUAUCAAAAUAGAAUAAAUAGUCUGAAUUUUCCAACUCCAAUGGAAGAUGAUGUAGAGAAUUCCAGAGAUGAUGCACAAGAAAGAAAUAUAUACAUAUCAGAGAAGGUUGUAGUAGAUAACAUGUUUAAAACAGAAAGCUACAUCAGAGAAUAUCAGUUAAUAAUUGACUGGAUGGAAAAGAAUGCAUUGGAUCAAGCAGAUAGAUAUCCAACCACUGAACAUUUCACAGAUAAGACACUUGCAUGGGAAAAUACUGUGAGACAAUUAUUAACAUAUAAGGACAAAGAACAAAUCCCGUUUCAUUCAUCUAGGCCAUUGGUCUCAUCUCUAGAUCCAGAUGCCCCAAUAAGAGAAGGAAAACCUCUGCAUGAUUUAGAUAGGGAAGAUGAUGCAAGAUUGGAAAAAAGAAUGUUUAUAGAGGUUCGUUGCGGUCGUUUACAAAAAGCACAAGCAUUAGCUGAACACUGUGGGCAACCUUGGCGAGCUGCUUGUUUGUUAGGAUGGAUACCUCAUCAUGAUCCUAACUAUUGCGAUACCGACUAUCAAAAUGAUCCUGAUUAUAAAAGAUCAUCUGAUUCCAAAUUGCCUAUUGAAGGAAAUCCCAAUAGAAGCCUUUGGAAAUUAUGCGCUUGGGAACUUUCCCAGGACAAACGCGUAGGUCAAUUUUAUCGCACCAUUUAUGCUAGUCUUUGUGGAAAUCUUCAACAAAUGCUACAGGUGGCAUCUUCUUGGCAAGAUGCACUAUGGGCUUAUAUGAAAACACUGUUAGAUAUUAAAGUAGAGAGGGAAAUGAGAAAUCUAGUGGUAAAAAGUUUCACAGACAUGCCUGACGACUACUGGAAAAAUGAAAUCUCGUUGAAAGAUGUAUUUAAAGAACUUCACGCAUCGAAAAAUCCUGAUAUUCGAGCACAAUCAAACAAACCAGAUCAUCUAAUUCAGAAAUAUUUGAUAUUGGAUCAAAUACCAAAAUUGAUGGAGGAAAUAGAGGACAUGAUAAAUAUGAAGUCCUGCGAUCCUCAUUUUUUAAGGUUUUUAACGCAUCUAAUAUGUUUCUUUCGCCAAAUUGGAAAAAAUUCCAAGGAUAGAAUUGGAGAUAAAGUUAUAUUGGCAUAUGUUCAGGUUUUAAUUGAAAUGGAUGAUCCGAUUUUGAUCGCCUUUUACACAGCUAUGUUGCCCCAAGAACUUCAAGUAACAAAUUAUGCUAGUUAUUUGGAAACUAUAAAAGAGUACGAGCAGCGAAAAAAAUGCUUAGCCGCGGCAGAAGAAGCUAAUCUAAAUGUAGAGGCAAUUACAAAACUAGUAGUAGAAAGUAUACGCUCUAAAAACAUUGAUGUAGAUCCCACUGACUUGAAAGGUAAUUUGACUGACGCAGACAUGGACAAGAUUAAUGCAUUGGAUUGGUUAAUAUUUUAUCAAAGUCAACGAGAAGAAGCGUUGUGGCAAACCAAUGCUCUUAUAAGGUAUUUUUUGACAAAUGAAAAAAUUGACGCUGCCAGAAAAGCUUUCAAUAAGAUUCCAAUGGAUUCUAUUGAAGCCAUAAUGACUGAAUAUCCAACGAUAGAAGGUACUCUAACAAAUCUAACAAUGACAAAUAGUCUAUCGAAAAAAGCGGCUUCCACAAUUCGGGAAUAUCUUUGUUAUAAGACCUACCUUGAUGCUCAAGAAGGCUUUUCCGAAUGGUUUUCUCAUUAUCAUCAUGGAAAACCUACACCAUUAGAAGAGCUACCUAUGUACGCGACGUUCACCGAGAAAGUUGCAUAUGAACAUAAAAAAUCACAAUAUAACGUAGAAAUGGAAAGAUGGAAAUCUACAAUGCAACAUCAUACAAAAGCAGUUAAACAAUUAUUGUUUAAUGUAUUGCUAUUUCCGGAUGGUGGUUGGUUGGUUGAUUCAAAUAAUAAUAAUGAUGAACCGUCUACACCGGAAAAACUGUUUCGCGAGUAUCAAAUGGAAAAGUUACGGGAACUUUGUAUUCCAAAAAUUACGCUUCUUUUGCAUUCUGUGAUGUCUGAAAUGAACGAACACGCCGAAUGCAUCCAAUUGGCAGAUAUUCUUGCCUCUGAACAGUAUCAACUUUAUAAGGUAUUUCAAAAAGGAAGAUUACGCGAUGUAUUUAAGAAAAUCUGCGAGUCUUCUCUUAUUCUAAUGGAUCAAAAGAAAGAUCCUUGGGGGUAUCCAAAAUGAAUUUAGCGAAAUAAAACAUAGCUAAUAUAUUUAAUUGUACAUGUAAUACGUGUUGAAAUUUGAAAUAUCGGAGAAAUGUAUAGAAAGUUUCUUUCCCUUUUUUAUAAAACCAGUUUAUUGUCAACCACAAGAAGUGAAUAUAAAAUUUGAUACAAUGUUCAAUAAUUCAUAAUCAUAAUAUAUUAUAUACCUCAUGA